AUGUCUCCACACGCGCCUCCGGAUGCGCGUCGCGCUACGCGUCGCGCUAAUGGCCAACGAAACACGCCUUCCGCAUCCGUCCACGCUAGCUCUUCGGACACUCUCUCGGCUGAAAGGGCGCCCAAAAAGUCACGUGCCUCACGUCGACUGCCGUCUCGCUCUCGCAGCCGCUCCCCUAUGAGAUCACGUGACUUUACCAGUGUGUCACGUGACUCUGAUAUAUCGACGAGAGUGAGUGUGUUCGGGACACGCUCUCACGUGACAGAAAAGACGGGACACGCCUCUGCGCCUUCAGAGCGCCCUUACAGUGUUGUGGUGAGCUACCCUGCGGUUGGCGGCCACCGUCUGAUGUUGCAGCGCACGUGCCCCGUGCAGUACCGCCUGGCUGCCGUUGUUGUCCAUGCAGGCAGUGAUACACGUUCUGGCCACUACUAUGCUUUCUGUAGGGCAAGCAAUGGCACAUGGUCACGCUUCAAUGACGACUUUGUCUCGCACUGUUUCUGUCUGGCUUUGCUGACUUUGUAG